AUGGCAUUUCUAUCAAAAGUAUUUGGUGAUAAACUGAAUCUGCAAUCAAAUAUAAAUACCAACACAAAUAUACACCCAAUAGCAUCAUCUCAAACAAAAUCACCUGAAUCUUCACCAAGAUCUUCAUCAAAUUUGACUCCAAUGAAUUCAUCUACUUCAACAACAUCAUCAAUAAUACCAUCUAAAUCACCUUCAAGUACAUUACAACAAAAGUCAUCAUCAACUAAUAAUUCAACAUUAAAUAAUUAUUCUGUUUCAAUAACAUUAGAAUCACCUCCUAUAAUUUUAUAUGGAAAUCCAUCUGAAUCUACUGGAUCUAUAAUAUCUGGUUUAUUAAGAUUAAUAACUAUAACAAAUAUUGAAUUAGAAAAAGUAACAUUAUCAUUAGUUCAAACAAUGAAAUAUACAAAACCAUUUAUAUUACCAAAUACUUCAGGAAUAACAAAUUGUAAAGAUUGUACAAUAAGAAAAGAAGAAUUAGCAAGAUGGGAUGUUUUAACAAGUCCAUCAAAUUUUCAACCUGGUAAUCAUGCAUAUCCAUUUUCUCAUCUUUUACCUGGUUCAUUACCUCCAACAUCAAAAUUAGGUUCAUCAAAUUCAAAUUCAUUUAUAAAAUAUGAUUUAAUAGCAGAAAUUAUUGCUGUUGAUUCUUUACAAAAUAAAAAAUUAAUAUUACCAAUAAAUAUAAGUAGACUGAUUUUAAGAGGACCAGAUCGUAAUCUGUUAAGAAUUUUCCCACCAACUGAAGUAACAGCAAGUGCAGUAUUACCAAAUGUAAUAUAUCCAAAAUCUACUUUUCCCAUAGAAUUAAAAUUAGAUAAUUUAGUAAGUAAUAAUCAACAAAGAAGAUGGAGAAUGAGAAAAUUAAAUUGGAGAAUUGAAGAAGAUAUUAAAAUAAGAUCAAAUAUUUGUAAUAAACAUAAAUUAAAAUUGGAACAAUUUGAAAAAUUAUAUCAAAAACAACCUCAAAAAAGAGAAAAAACUUCAGGAAUGCAUCAUAGUACUAUACAUACUCAUAUUUCAUAUAUUAGAGAUCCAAGUUUUCAAAAUUCAUCAAAUAAUAUUGAUAAUAAUAAUGAACAACCUGAAGAUCAAAUUAUAAAUAAUGAAAAUCAUGAUAUUGAAGAAACUUUAAGAUCUGGACCUUCAAAUGCUCAUCAAAAUUUUUUGGAAGAUUUUGGAAAUUCUAGUGGUCAUGAAAUAAAUCAAAAUCAAAAUCAAAAUCAAACUCAAAAUCAAACUCAAACUCAAACUCAAAUUCAGAAUCAAAAUUUAAAUACAAACGAGACUAAUAAUCCACUAACUCCUCAAAACUCAACCACACCUCAAUCAGAACAACAAAAACAUAUAUAUUUUGAAGAAACAAGAACUAUAAGUUAUGGAGAAAUAAAAUCAGGUUGGAAAUCAGAUUUUACAGGAAAAGGUAGAAUAGAAUUAGUUGCAAAUAUAAAUGCAAAUAAGUUUUCAACUGGUUCAAAUAAUCAUAUAACAAAAGCAAAUACUGAAGACAGUAAUUCUAAUAAAGACGAAGAUAAUGAAACUUUUAAUAAUGGUGCUAAUAUAUCUUGUGAUAUUGAUGAUUUAAAUUUAGGAAUAUUUGUAAAUCAUACAUUAAUUGUUGAAGUUGUUGUUGCUGAAGAAUUAAUUCAUAAUGUUGAAAAUAAAAAUAAUAAAAAUUUAAAUAAUUUAAGACCUGUGAUUUCAAAUUCUAGAGGAGGUUCAACUAUUUCAACAUCAAGAAGAAGAUCAUCAUCUUCUGCUGGUUCCCAUUAUGGUAACAAUUCACCUAUUUUAACUCCUCAUACAUCAAAUCCACAAACAUCAACAACAUCGUCAUCAUCAAACUCAAACUCUAAUAGUAAUAAUCAACAACAACAAUCACAAAAUGUUGCAAUGGGAGUUCCUACUGGAGCAGCAAGAGUAUUAAGAAUGCAAUUUAAAUUACCAAUAACAGAAAGAUCAGGAUUAGGUAUAGCAUGGGAUGAUGAAGUUCCUCCAACUUAUGAAGAUGUUAGAACAUUAAGUCCACCAAAUUAUAAUGAUCCUUUUAAAAUUUUAAAUAAUACACCAACAUCAUCAUCUAGUGGUGUUCAAGAAGAAAGAUUAACUCCUAAUAUUUUAUAUGGUAGAGGUGAUACUCCAUUAGUUGGAAGUUUUGCUUUACAUUCACAAAUUAGUCAUUCAAGUAUUGAUGGAAUAGUUGAUAAUAUUCAAGAAUUAUCUAUAUAA